UGCAGCAGCUCUCUGAGAGAUGUUCCCUGCCUGCCUUCCUCCAGCUGCUGCUGCAGCCAGCUUCGGCAGCAUCGCCUCAUCAGCACCCUGGCUGCUGAUUCAGUAGGCACCUACUGCCCCCCGCCCCCAAAAGGGGCUGCUGAGGUGCUCAAACCCACCUAUCCCCAACCCACCAGCCCCCACCCACCUGCUGGGCACAGCAGAGGUUCCCAGGCCCUUCAUUGGGAAGCUGCUCCUCUGAGGGACGUGGUUCUGCUGAGGACAAGAACCCUUCCCAGGGCUCAGUGGUCCUUCAUGUCCCAUCCCUCCAGCCCUUAUAUGUGCAUAUGGAAAAAGCAGCGAGGCACAGGGGAGCCCCAAAAUCUCACAGAAAUGUGAGAUUUUGUGCUGCAGACCAGCCCCUCCUCGUUCCCCAUGAGCAGGUUUAGUGCUGCUGUGUAAACCGAGCUGCAGGUCUGAUCCCAGGGGAGCUGCCAGCUGCUCAGACACCAGUUUGUCCCCACAUCCCACACACCCUCCUCGCCCUCUGCCUUCCCCCUUGCUGACAGCACGUGUGAGAAUGACUCCUGGUACCUCUGAUAAGGCUCUGGCAGAUACUGGGGAAGAAAGAAGUGGGACUAGCACUUCCUCCUCCUCCCCUCUCAGUUUCUCUAUGGCUGAAAGGUCAGUGGUCUUGCUGUGAUCAGGGAGGUGGUGGCUUCCUGGUAUUCCCAUGGGAAUCAGGGCUUCCAGAGCAAACAUCAGCUGCCCCAGCACUGGUGAGGACCAAGCUGGUGCUGGUUCUGUCCCACAAGGUCUCCAGCAGCUUCGUCUCUGUGGUGGGGGCUGCAAUGUGCCCGUCUGUGGCUUUGCAAAUCUCUUUCCUUCUCUGCAGAACAACGUGGUGCAAAGCACUGAAAUGCAAAGCUGGAGGGUUUAUUACAGCAGGUGGUGGGGAAAAACUUAAAAUCUAAAAUUCAGCUAAAAUCUGUGCUCUAUGGGUCACCCCCUGCCCUCCAGCCUGCCCCCAGUACAGCCUGCUUACAGCCUGUUGAGACAGACAAAUUUCCUGAGUUGCCAGCCUUAAGACUGAGGGAAAGCCAAACCAAAAUAAACCUGAUGUAGCUGGGUGCUUUAAUUUUCAGGAAGAGCUGUGCAGCAGCAGGCUGGUUCCCAGCUGAAUCUUUCUUGCUGUAUCAAGCAUAAAUUCAUCAGGUAUUCCAUUUCCUGGGGAAAAAAAGCAGAAUAAUUCACUUGGAAAUAAAGAGUGGAGCUAUUUUUCCCUCUGACAUGGUGAAUGCAAUUACCUAAGGCAUGGGAGGCUGAGAUAACUCACUGAUUCUGCCCCCACUCUCCAAAGAAACCAUCAUCAUUCUUUCAGAAAGGCUUUAAACUCCAAUUCACAUCCUGAAUGCUAAAACAUCACCACAUACAGAAGCUGUCCUUAUGAUUUCCAUGCACCAGCUGCUGCAUCACAAGGAAAACACACUCAUAGACAGGCCAGAAUUUAUUACUGUCAAGGCCAUAUACAGAGUGCAAGCUCCCUGUGUUUGCUGACCCUUUUACUGAUGCUCUUGGUGUCUCCUUGUCCAUCAGGAGCAAUUCCUAGUGAAGCAAAGCCCACUGACACCCUGUUAGUAGUGUGUGAGCCACACUGGGGCUGGGAAAACGUGCGUGGGGGUUGAGAGUCUCGAGCCUUGUCUGUCUGGAGAGCUGAGUGCAGGCAAGCCAUAAGCCUGUGAUUGCCCCUGAUUUUAAUUCCAUUUAGGCAGCACUCUCCCACCUCUUCUGCCAUUACAUAAUGGAGCAGAGUAAUGACUUUGAGCAAUACUGUUUGAGUGGCAGCAGUCCAAUUCUGGACUGUAUUUUUUUUUUAAUGGUGGGGGGAGAGCAGGUUGGCAGAGGGGAGAAAGAAUCUGUUUGGUUCAUCUGCAAUCCCUGUUUCACUCUGGGAGCUUUAGAGGACAGACACAUUCCUCCAUCUCUGCUAAUCCUCCUCUGAUACAGAGGAUUUUCCUGCCAUUAAAUGAUAGCUUGUGAGAAAAAAAAUGCCAACUUUUCAGAGCCUGACUCUUAUGGCUAAGGGCAGCCUCAUGAGCAGGAGGGAGGACACAGCCACUGCCUGGCCAGGUAAGCAAGGCAUCUGGAUCAUUUCUGUUGGGAAUUUUGGUUUCCACUAUUUGAUGCUUAGCUGGUUACACUCCUCUGUACCAGCACCUAUUUCCUGGGGAUAGAGCCAGUCCCUUACUGUUGGUGAUCCUUUCCCACCUCAGAUGAGAGGAAUCUGCCUUUGGCAUGGCUUGUGGGAAGGAUGCAGAUGAACUCCUGAAAAGCAGUGGCACAAAGCUGCAGGAUUCCCUGAGAAGGUCAGUGGAAAAGGAAAGAUACUCACCAGGAAGGUGCUGGGGACUUCUUCAGUUUGAAAGUGUGUGAGAGAAGAGCUUUUCCUUCAUAUUCCUUUCUAAACAUAGAUAUUUUUGUGGAAAAAUGAUGCAGGAAAAUGACAGAGGAUGAAACCCAUCUCUAUUCUUCCUGUGUGCUUUUAGAUCCCUUAAGUUUGCUUGCCAGACCUGAAAUGCCACUAGAGAAUAAUCAAGGUAAUGUUUGUCAUCAUUCUAAAUGUGAUCCUUUGGGUGCCACAGGUCCAUGGGGUGUGGGCCUGCGUGCGCUCCUGCCCUCCCAGCUGCGUGUGCACCCCGGAGAGGAGCUGCUCCGUGCUCUGUGACCGGGCCGGGCUGGGGCAGAUCCCCAGCGAGUUCCCCUGCGAAGCCUCUUCCAUCAACCUGGAUAAAAACAGCAUCAAGUUCCUGUCUGAGAGGGCCUUCGGGACGCUGCCUUCCCUCAAGUCCCUGUCACUCAACCACAACAACAUCUCCUUCAUCACGCCGGGGGCGUUCAAGGGGCUGCCCAGCCUGACGGAGCUGAAGAUGGCCCACAACGAGUACAUUCGCUAUCUGCACACUCGGACCUUCACCGCGCUCCGGCGCCUGGUGAGGCUGGACCUGGCCGACUGCAACCUCUUCAACAUCCCAGACAGGAUCUUCAUCGAGCUGCCUGCUCUGCAGGAGCUCUUCUGCUUCCAGAACAACUUCCGAAGGAUCCCAGGCGCCAUCAGGGGCAUGGAGAACUUGACCCAUGUGUACCUGGAGAGAAACAGGAUCGAAGCAGUGGCCUAUAACUCCCUGCAGGGCCUGACCAAGCUGAAAUACCUGAAUCUGCAGGACAACAAGAUAAAUGUCAUCCACGAGAGAGCUUUUCAGGGCUGCCAGAGGAUGGAGUACCUGUACCUGAAUGACAACUUGAUCAGCGAGCUUCCAGAAAACUCCUUUGAUGGCCUGAGGCGCCUGAAGAUGCUCAACCUUGGGGGGAAUUUUCUCAGGAACAUUUCCAACACCUGGUUCCGGGAUUUGGGGGAGCUGGAGUUCCUCUACCUGGACCGCAACAGGAUCAGCUACAUCGAGGAGGGGGCUUUUGAGAACCUCACCAGCCUGGUGGCUCUGCACUUGAACAGCAACAACCUGACGACGCUGCCCUUCUCCGUGUUCGAGCCCGUGUAUUUCCUGGGCCGCCUGUACCUCUUCCGCAACCCCUGGGAGUGCGACUGCCGCAUCGAGUGGCUCAAGGAGUGGAUGGAGAACUACAGGCUGGUCAGGGAUAUUCCGUGUGCCUCCCCCUCCUCGGUGGCGGGGAUUGAUCUGAUGGACGUGCUCUUCGAGAGGUCUCCCGAGGGUUACUGUCUCGACCCGGAGGAGCUGAACAUCACGGCCGAGCGGCCGACCCCAAGCGAGGAGCCUUGGUCCACCACAGAGAGCAAGUUCAACAGCCUUAUCUCCAAACUCUUGCUCCAGAUGGGCCUUCCUGAAGAGGUGGCAAAUGCCACUGAAGUGUACAGUAACAGCACACAACCAGAUGGACAGACUGAAGGGGUUUCUUCUGGCAUGGGGGGAGACAGGACCGAGGCUGACUCCUCUUCCUUGUACUUCCCAGCACUUCUGACAGCGAUUGUUCUGCUGUGCAAAUAGUCCAAGGGCUGGAUGGAGCAGGGUUUCUGCUUAAGGGCUUAGACCCUGCACCUACUUAGUCAUCAGAGAAAAGCUUUAUCGUGGGCCUCUGAUACUUAACAAGCUCCAAACUCUUCCAGGUUGGGUUUGUUGUAUCUGGCUCCAGAUUCCCCUGCGAGCUGGUGAGAUCUAGGUCCUGCUCUGGGUGACAAACCUGCCCUGUGGGUGUCCCAGAGCCUCCUGGGUACUCACAGGGAGAUGAGCAGCACUAAGAUUGAGUUUUGCCUAGAGAUGUGUGAUGCUCUGCUGGGAAAGGAGGGAAGAGGGGUCUGUCUGUGGGGUGUUUGUUCCAUCGGGCCAGCUUGUGAGAGCAAGAUGUUCCAUGGUGACUCAGCUUCAUGAGAGCAAGAUGGUGCUCAAAACUGGGCCCCUCUUCAUGUCCUGACAGACACCCACACCCAUGGCAGAUGCUGCUGAACAAUGGGAAACUGUUCCUCAUUUCCUCAGUGGGUGCAGGAGGGAGCAGGGCAGUUCUGGGCAACAUCCAGGGAUGCAGCAGGAAACAUGCAUAGGUCUCAAUGAAAACAUCCAGAAACACGUAUAGGCCUCAAUGAAAACAUCCAGAAGCAUGCAUAGGCCUCAAUGAAAACACCCAGAAACAUGUAUAGGCCUCAAUGAAAACAUCCAGAAACAUGUAUAGGCUUCAUGGAAAUGAGGAAAGUGCCUGGGGGGACACCUGCCCCAGGCAGAUCUGGGAUGGGCACAGUAUUUUGGCUGUGACCACAGGUAGGAUUUUGAUCCUCUCUCCCCCACCAUUAUUCUGGUACUGGUGAGGAGAACCAGAUGGACCUGUGUUUGUCCAAACAUUCUUCUCUGAGGCAAAGCUUCUUAAAUUAACCUGCUUAUUCCCGUAAUUUCAAUGUGUUUAAUUUUUCAGUGAAUAUAUUGUUUCAAGGAAUACAAUUUUCAUUUGUAGAUUGUUUCAUGGCAUGGCAGCAGGGGCAGAGCAUGGUGAUGGCAAAUAGAACCAGGUCCCAUGAAAUAUUUUGCAUUUCCACCACUAAUAUGUACUAUGUAGUGUGUCAUAUUAUGCCAUAUUGAUAAUUUUCUUUUAUACGGCAUCUUAAGUGUUUUAUCUUUGAACUCAUCAAUAAAAGCUGCUAAUAUGACCAGAAAAAAUGAUGUUUUAUGUAUCAAAGCACAUUAAUAAAAUAAUUUGAUGCUUUACUCACAAAAAUCAA